ACUCAUUGCUUUCAUUGCUGGGAAAUUCGGUCGAUGUCGUUUCUGUGCUCGCGUGUGAUUUUUUCGCAUAGUUUCGCAUAUAUUUUAGAAAAAAUAAGUGUUAAUUUUAAUUGAAACUAUUGUGCAGCUAUUUUGUGCAAUUUUUAGUAGUGUUCAUCAAGGUGUCUAAAAUAAAGAUACACUUUGCUGUUUUUCACUUCUCCAUUUUGGAAACAAAUUGCCAUAGAAUAAAUAGAAUUCAGACGAUUCAAGUCAUGUCGCAUCACAGCGAUGAUCACCUUUUACAGGCCGGUAGUGAUUCUUUUUGGGAGCCUGGAAAUUACAAGCGCACCACUAAACGAAUUGAAGAUGGCUACAAGCUUUGCAAUGAUUUGCAGACACUUAUACAGGAACGUGCCGAUAUUGAAAAAGGAUAUGCUAAGAAUUUGCGCGCAUGGUCGAAAAAGUGGGGAGAGCUCAUCGAAAAAGGCCCCGAAUAUGGGACUUCCGAAGCUGCUUGGAAAAGUGUACUCACGGAAGCUGAACGCAUCAGUGACGUUCACUUAAAAAUAAAAGAAAACCUCUGUAACGAUGUGAAUAGCCAAAUAAAAAGCUGGCAAAAGGACAACUAUCAUCAUACCCUGAUGCAGAUCAAGCAACGUAAAGAUAUGGAGGAUAUGUUUAAGAAGGCUCAAAAACCUUGGGCUAAAUUAUUAGCAAAAGUAGAGAAGACAAAGUCUGAUUAUCACGCUGCUUGUAAAACAGAACGUAGUGCCACCAAUCAGGAACGUAAUGCUACAGCGGAUAGCUCAUUAUCGCCGGACCAGGUAAAAAAAAUGCACGAUCGCGUUCAAAAAACUAAAGAUCAAGUGGCUAAAUGUCGAGAGAAAUAUGAACAAGCUAUUGCAGAGAUUACCAAAUAUAAUUCGGUAUACAUCGAGGAUAUGACGUCGGUGUUUGAAAAGUGCCAAGCAAUGGAGAGGACUCGAUUAAUGUUCUUCAAAGAUGUCCUCUUUAACAUACACGCCUGCUUGGACCUCACGAAGGUGCAAUGUCUACCACAAAUAUAUGAAGAAUUCUAUCAUACCAUAAAUAACGCGGACCAACAAAAGGAUCUCAAAUGGUGGUCAAAUAAUCAUGGUGUCAAUAUGGCUAUGAAUUGGCCAGCAUUUGUGGAGUAUACCGAAGAAUUCCGUGAUAUAGCCAAGGGUAGCAAAUCAAAGGAAGCACUUCCGGCAGCGCCAAUUACACUCAUCAAUCAGCGACCUGUCUCUGAGGAUCCACAUGAUUAUAAUACGAAUAGCUUAAAGAAAACGUCAUCAUAUUCAAACAAGGCUAGUGGCAAGGCUGUGCCACAAGAUUCUUCGUCUUCCCCAACUUCGACAGCAGCGUCCACAGCUACGGGGACUGGGAAAGCUUUGGGUACAACCUCAACUACAAAUAACCGCAAUUCAAGCGUUACUAAUGGCAAUGGCAAACCAGAAGUCAAUCCAUUUGAGGAAGAGGAGGAAUGGGAUGAGGGCGACAAUGUAUUGGUGGAUAAUGGCGAAAAAGGUAUUCCAGUUAAGGCUUUAUAUGAUUACGAAGGAGCCGAAGAUGAUGAACUGACAUUUAAGCAAGGUGAAGUCUUUGAGAAGCUUGAAGAUGAGGACGAACAAGGAUGGUGCAAAGGACGCAUGAAUGGACGCGUUGGUCUUUACCCCGCAAAUUAUGUAGAACCGCUACAUACGUAAACAUAACAUAUUAUUUUAAAUAUUACAAUUUAAAAAUUAUUAGUUGCAGUUAACUUCAACCCGAAACAUUUUAAAAAUUAUAUAUAGAAAAAAUUGUUUCGCAUUACAAAGCAAACAUGAAAAACUGGAUUAAAAUAGUAAGCAAUAUUUCAAACACAUCACCAUUGUAACCAUA